AUGACUUCCACAAUCAAUAGAAUUCUGCUGAAGAACGGAUUGCUUCUCAUCCAUGGAGAUGACGGCAAGGUAACUCCGACGCGGGCGGACCUGAUGGUUGAAGGAGAUCGAAUCAUCAAAAUCAACGACAAAAUCGAAGCCAGCGUUGACAAUGUCAAAGUGUUUGACUGCGAGGGUAAAGUAGUAUUGCCCGGUUUCAUCAGCACCCAUCACCAUGUCUGGCAGACCGCUCUCAAGGGCCGCCACGUUAACCAAACCCUGCUCGAGUACCUUCCGUCCGGUAAUUUUAGCGGUGCCUUUUACUCCGUCGAAGAUGCAUUUUGGGGAGAGCUAGGUGGUGCACUGGAAGCGAUCGAUGGCGGUACCACUACUGUUGUAGAUCACUCUAGUCUGAACUUUGGCCCCGAGUACCGUCAAGUGUUGUCCAGCUGGAGUCCGCUUUCCUUGCAUGAUGACUACACUUCCCCGAAUGUCCUUGAAUCCUGGAAGUCGCUUGCAGCGAAGGGUCCAUAUGGAGAUAAGAGAGUCGAGAUCGGGUUCGCCGUAGAUAAUAUUUACCAAUCGCCCAAAGAGAUGAAGAAGCUGUACUCGGAGCUUCGGGCUGCGAAAGCCAAGGUCAUCACUUCUCACGCUACCUCGGGCAUAGCGUUUGGAAAUGGGCCCUCCGCAGUGCAGCUCCUCAACAGCCACGGCCUUCUCGGCCCCGACAUCUUGGUCUCGCACGCAAACUUUCCCAAAGAUGGUGAUGCAGAGCUGGUUGCAAAGCACGAUGUCUACGUCUCCUCGACUCCCAACACCGAGCUCCAGAUGGGAUGGCCCCCUAUCGGUCUUCUUCCUGAGUUCGAAGCUCAUUCCAGUCUGGGUGUAGAUUGCCAUUCCUUGGGCAGCAGCUUCAUGCCGAGCCAGAUGCGUCUUAGCCUGCAGUAUGCUCGCACCGAACGUCAAGAGAACCUCCGCAGACAGGGCAAAUGGAGCCGUCAUGUCGGCCCUUUGGCCGAGCAGAUUUUCAACCUGGCAACGGUUGGUGGCGCCAGAGCAGUCGGCAUGGCCGGCGAGGUCGGCCAGAUUUGCGUGGGCGCCAAGGCAGACCUUGUCAUUCUCGAUACCAACAGCCCUUCGAUGUUCCCCGCCGCCGAGGAAGACCCUGUCGCUGCGGUUGUUCUUCACUCCAGUGAGCGCGACGUAGAAACCGUCAUAGUCGGCGGUGUCGUGAGGAAGGAAGGCGGGAAGUUGCUGCCAGUAACUAUUGUCAACGAAAUUCAGGGAGCCAACAAAUUGGGCCUUGAUGGGAAGCAGUUCACGUGGAAGGAUGUUGCCGUGAAGCUUCUUGAGAGUCGGAAGAGGUUGAACGACAAGGCAGAGGGCAUUGACAUGAAGGCUGUCGAGGAGGAAGUCAUCAAUAACUUCUUCAUGAAUAGCAAGGAUUUAGUGGAGCAGGACUGA